CUUUACACUGCCUGGGUUUGGUGUUAUUUGAUUUUUAUUGCAUAAACUACUGUCUUCAAAUAUUUCCAAUCUUUUACAACAUAAAAGCAUAAACAGAAUGUUACAAUCAUGUUGACAUUUGUGUUUUCUUUUUACAAACUGCUAGCCAUUAGUUGAGUGUGGUCUGAAAAAUUACUGAAAGUCUAGAAAAGUAAGGACUACUUUUAUACUCUUGAUUUUUUUGGACUCAAUCUAUAUUAUUGUCAAUUCGUUUUUUUUAAGUUGUUUAAAUACAAUAAAUUUGCUUAGGUGAAUGGGUGUAAAACAGUCAAAUAAAAAUAAAGCAAGGAUUGCAAAUAUCAAGAAAUCUAACUAGAACGGCAGAAAAAAAUACUUAAAAUGGACAAGGAAUACAUUUAGAUAAGAGAAAAUACAAUAAAAAUAUGAAGUAAAAGUCGAAGAGUUUGCCAUUUUAAGAAAUGGUAAAAUAUGCAAAUGACGAAUGUACAAAGCUUCACAAUAUUAGUAUAUGCCAAUAUGUUAUCCCAGAGAUAUUAGUUAAUUGUACACAUAUCCCAUUCAAUAUGUUACAAUUACAAAGCUAGUAUGCCACAGGAGAAGAACUCCCUUCUUUCAGCAAAAAAUACAAACUCACUUUUCUUUUUAAAUGUUCUAACAUUUGUUACUCUACGUGUGUUGAAUCCCACGUCACAUGUCUUCCAUCAUGCAGGCUUCCCAAAGCAGCCAUGUCUGACUCCUCCAGCUGGAACCCGAACACCUGAGUGUGAGCGAGGAGAGGACGAGAAGAGAAAGAGGCUGUUUGGUCAGAGUCAGUCAACAUGGCGACCAUGUAAAGCGAACGCUCUGGGUUUUGCCAACAAAAUGAGGGUCCUCAGAUGCUGCAUGGGGCUACGUCGAGCCUACUUGGUUUGUCCCAUCCUGCUGGUUCUCCUGGUUGGUGCCUCCCUGACCACUCUGCUGCCGCCAGCGGAGGACCAAAGAGGCGUUGGCGUCCUGGGAGUGCUACGCAGAGCAACAUCACAAAAGGAGGAUCCUGCACAGGGCCGCCAUGGCGACAGCACAGAGGACGAGCAGAGGUUCACCAUCAUCAUCCAAACUUACAACCGCACAGACAUUUUGCUCAAACUCCUCAACCAUUACCAGGCAGUGCCUCAUCUUCAGAAGAUUAUUAUAGUCUGGAACAACAUUGGGGUGCAGACACCCCUAAAGCUAUGGAACUCUUUGGGGCCCCAUCCGGUCCCUGUGCUCUUCAAGGAGCAGACCAUCAAUCAAAUGCGCAACAGACUACAACCAUUCCCUGAGAUUGAAACUGAUGCUGUUCUGAUGCUGGAUGACGACACCCUGGUCAGCGUUCCUGACAUCAGUUUUGCUUUCUCUGUCUGGAAGCAAUUUCCAGACCAGAUUGUUGGGUUUGUCCCACGGAAACAUGUCUCCACACCAGGAGGAGUGUACAGCUACGGCAGCUUUGAACUGCAGGACCCAGAAACAGGUGGAGGUGACAAAUACUCCAUGGUUUUAGUUGGUGCUGCCUUCUUCCACCGUCGCUACCUGCAGCUCUUCCAGGACCAGCCUCCAGCAGUGCAUGCGCUGGUAGAUGAAACACAGAACUGUGACGACAUCGCCAUGAACUUUGCUGUAGCGCUGUAUUUGAGGAAACACUCCACAGGCAGCGUUAACAAACCCUCUGGGGUCUUUGUCAAACCUGUGGACCUACGGAACCUGGAAAAGGACGCCCACAGCGGGUACCAGGGCAUGUGGCAUCGCCCCGAACACCUUCUGCAGAGAUCCUUCUGUCUCAACAGGCUGACGCAGAUCUAUGGCUUCAUGCCCCUCUGCUUCUCCAACCUGAUGGUCUCCCAGUUUGGAUUUCCCAGCUAUGCCAAUCACAAGAGUAGAGGUUGAGGAGCCGCGUCACUGCUGAUUGUUUCGGAUUGAAAGAAGAUAAGCUCAAGUAAUAGUGGACAAUCAUGGAUUUCGGACAAUCUGAAUGUUCUACUCAUGGCCCAGUCUUAUGAAACGUCCUUCUGUGAUAGGGUAAUCUAUAUAAUGUUACCAAAGCUGCCUUUCCUUCAGUAUGAACACCUCUCUCAGUGGAUUGUAGUGCAGUUCUUUUACAGCCAGCAGGUGUCAGUCUUACGUCUGCAGACAAAUGUCUUUGUUUGUAACCAUGAUUUACAGCUCUGAGGACGUCUAGUUACAAUGUUUUGGUUUUACUGCAUUUAUAGUUGUUUAUUUAAUGUAUAAACCUUAUGUAUGUACACACCCUUCCCAUUUAAAGAAGAUGUCGUUAUUUUGUAAUUUCCUGGCAAAAAUAGUCCCAGCCAUAGCUUGCAUUUGUGAAUGAACUAGAAUAACUGCAGGUAUUUCGUAUAUCCUAACUUAAUCUUUAUGUACAGCAUGCAUUGACAAUGAAUUUUGAAAAAGCAAUGUGUGCACAUAUCAUGUGACUCUGUUAAAUAAAUCCAAUUGUUUUUCUCUAAACAGAAGUUGUAGAUGAAUAAGUUAAUAGGAGAUACUUAGAGUUCUUAGGAAAAGAGCUUUUCUGGAAACGGGCUGAACAGUAGCAUCUCAUUUCUGAAAUAAACAUAAAUCGCUACUUUGUGGCUUUUUCACCAAAGUGUAGAAAGAGUUCCCUUGUCAGGAAUUAUCAAUGCAGACUAAUCUUCUCUAAUUAAAAAAAAUCCAUUCUCAACUUU